ACGCACAAACAAAAACCUACAAUCCCAUCAUAGAUCUCCUCAAGAAACUCCAUAAAUUGUAAUCGAAAAAACACUUCGGAUCGAUCCCUACCAAAUGGUCUCAUCGGACAAGAAACUGGCCAACGUUGUAGGAGGAAAAACGGCGAGGGCUUGUGAUAAUUGCAUAAGAAAGCGUGCUCGGUGGUAUUGUGCCGCCGAUGAUGCUUUCUUGUGCCAAUCGUGUGAUGCUUCUGUUCAUUCCGCGAAUCCUUUGGCUCGUCGCCAUGAAAGGGUUCGUUUAAAGGUGGCUUCUUUGAAGCUUUCGUCGUUGGAGAAACCAGCACCGCCGCCGUGGCACCAUGGUUUCACCAAGAAACCUCGGACCCCUCGUGGCGGCAGCCAUCACAAGCAUGCAUCUCGUCAGACGCUGAAAUCUGAAGAAAGCAGUAUGAGUUUCAAUCCGCUUGACUUGGUGCCGGAGAUCGGAAGUGAUGAGACCACCGCCGUGACAUCUGAAGAACAGCUUCUGUAUCAGGUUCCGGUGUUUGACCCAUUUGCGGCGGAGCUUUGUCUUUCUGGGAACUCGACUGACGUGGCGAGGCCGGUGAAACAAUCGGAGGCGACAACUCCAGUGGAUGGUGAUCGUCAUAAUGGGUCGAAAAUGACGUUUGAUUUGAAUAAUUUGAACGGGUUGAUACUUCCAUCCGACAUGGAACUGGCGGAGUUCGCCGCCGAUGUGGAAAGCUUAUUGGGUAAGGGUCUUGAUGAGGAGUCGUUUGCUAUGGAGGGAUUAGGGUUGUUGGAUUGCAGAGAGAAGGAUUCCGACGAGUGUUUGGAGAGAGUAAAGGUUGAAGAAGAUCACGAGAUGCAGUGUGAAUUAGUGGAAAGUGAGAUGGAGAUGAUGAGAGAGCCGUUUCAGUUGAGCUUUGAUUAUGAUUCGCCAUUAUGGGAGGAGAAAGAUGAGAAGGUGGCGGUGGAAGGUGGUGUUGGUGGCGGCGGCGGUGGUGGUGGAGAUCAUACAGGUUUGAUGAAAGAUGAAGGUUAUCAUAUGGAUAUUAAUAUAGAAAAAUACGAUGAUGAGACUAAGAAGAAUAGAAGAAUAUUAAAGCUUGAUUAUGAAGGAAUUAUUGCUGCUUGGGAUGAGCAAAGAUCUCCAUGGACCACCGGUGACCGGCCGGAGUUGGACCCCGAUGAUUGUUGGCCGGAGUGCAUGGGUGGAUGUGGGAUAAUGCAUCAUCAUCAUCAUCCUUAUGGAGAUAUGGGCAUGAUGGCUGGGAACCCGGCGAUGUUAGAUGGAGGAAGACAGGCUAGAGUGUCGAGGUAUAGAGAAAAGCGACGAACAAGGUUGUUUUCAAAGAAAAUAAGGUACGAGGUACGAAAAUUGAAUGCAGAGAAGAGGCCUAGAAUGAAAGGAAGAUUUGUAAAACGGGCAUCUUCUUCAGGGUUUCCUAUACUUGGCAAAUAAUUAACAAACAACAUAUCUUUCUAACACUUUAUAUAUCCAUCUUACAAUUUUGUAAGGUAAGCUCUAUGCUUGAUUAGGUUGUUCUAAUCAAGAAUGUUCAUACAAAUUCAAUAAUGAAAAGAUCCAAGAAAGACAAUUUGUAUUGUGCUUCUUUCCA